CACGUCCACUGGCUAUAAAUCUGUCUCCGUCUCUCUCUACCGCCAUCUUCAGAACGAGGCAUCAAGCCAACCAACCCGCGAUCCAAUCAACCUUUACCUAGAUCACCAGUCUUUCACAUCCUUACUGCCCACAAUGUCCAUCCCAAAGCUUACCCUUCUCCUUCUGCCCUUCUUGAAAGGCGUCAUUGCCCAGACACUGCCCAUCGUGACUCUGCCUUGGGGCAAGUGGCAAGCUCAGAUCUACGAGAAUGAUGCAAAUGCAAACCCCUCUUACGGGCCAAGCUGCUACCAAGUCAACACAUCCAAGCUUCAGAACCCUCCUGGCGGUACACCCGGUGUACAGAAUCCCAAUGACGGUGCCCCCUCUUCGAGUGAGGACUGCCUCUUCCUCGACGUCUACGCGCCUGCAUCGGCCUUUGACCAGAAUGGUAACCCCAUCCAGGAGCUUCCCGUCAUAGUAUGGUUCUACGGGGGCGCGUAUGCCUUUGGCUCCAAGGAACUCGGCGGCGGCCUCCCGCUCUACACGGGCCAGUCCAUGCUCGCGGCGUCUGAGUAUAAUGCUAUUUUCGUCGCUGGCAACUAUAGGCUCGGUGCCUUUGGCUGGCUCGCUGGCUCCUACAUGGAGAGCAACGCGCAGCCCAACGCCGGUCUGUACGACCAAUCUCUGCUCUUAGACUGGGUGCAAAGGUACAUCAUCCAAGCGGCGGGUAACCCCAAUCAGGUCAGCGCCUGGGGCGAGUCAGCCGGCGCUGGAUCCAUCCUGCAUCACCUCAUUCGGGAGAACGGAACCCGAGACCCGCAGUUCGGGUCAUUCCUGGUGCAGAGUCCUGCAUUCGAGUGGUCUUGGGAUAAUAGUGUCAACGGGACACUCGACACGAUUUACCGGAACUUCUCUGCGCUCGCCAACUGCGGGUUUGGAUACAACAUCUCCUGCCUGCGGGGACAGAGCGUCAACCUUCUUGUCUCUGCCAACCAAAAACUGUUCGAUGCCGUGCACCAGACGGGACUCUUUCCUGUGGGCCCUGCAGUAGACGGGAAAUGGGUCCAGACUAUUCCAGCCAUUGCGUUCGCAAACCAUAAUUAUUGGCCCUCAAUCGAUGGAGCGCUCAUCUCGCACGUGACUAACGAGACGGCGUCCUUCACGCCGCAGUGGGUAGUUUCGCAGUCAACCUUUGACGCCUUCCUCAACGAUUUCUUCCCCGAGCCCAGCCUCGGCCCCGUCCGAGCCGCCAUGCGGGCCCAGUACAACUGCAAGACCACCUACAGCGGCAACUUCCGCGCCUGUAUCGCCGACCUGAUCCGAGACUCGACGUUCACUUGUAACACGCGUCAGCUCUUUGAGGCGUACCCCUCGGUUGCGUACAUGAUGCGCUACGCAUUCCCCUUUGACGAGUACGCCGUGCACGCCAGCGACCUAAUCCCCACCUUCAUGAACGGCUUUGACGACGCCUAUGACAUGCUGCGGGCUAACAAUAUGAGCAAAACCGAGGCGUUUUUAUACGCGGGCUUCUUGGACACCGAAAUCAUGCCGUGGUAUCAGAGCUACCUGGCCUCGUUUGGGCUGCACGCCAACCCGAACCAGGGACCCAGCGACACCACCUACUGGCCGGUAGCAACACCAGGAGACGAGAUAGGCAACGUGAUGCAGGUCCACGAAAUCGAGUUUAGCUUGGUGACGGACGACCAGAACACAGCUUCCAUUUGCGACUUCUGGACUCAGAUCGCCAAGAUGAUUGAGGGCAGCGGCUCUGUGAAAAAACCGCCCCAGGAUUGGAAGGAUCUAUAA